UUGAAUUUUGCUUUGUGUCAAUGAUGGCUGUAAUUCUUGGCGGUGGCCUGGGCGGCUUAUCAACAGGUUACUAUUUGUUGAAGAAUGGUUUAUACUGCAACAAUUUAAAAGUAUGUCUUCUAGAAGCCACCGACUACUGCGGGGGGUGGAUCAAGUCUAUACGCACUAAAGAUUACAUAUUCGAACAGGGCCCUCGGACGAUCAGACCAAAAGGCCCAACAGGACUAAAUACUCUGAACAUGAUGCAGGAUUUAGGACUCAGCGAGCACGUAUCCGCUAUAACUCCCGAUCACCCAGCAGCUAAAAAUAGAAUGAUAUAUGUCAACAAAAGUUUACACCUUCUGCCAUCAAGCUUAAAAAGUGUUUUCAAAAAAAACGAACCAUUUUCAAAACCUCUAAUAUACGCCGCAUUGAAUGACCUCACACAGCCGCACAAGUCUUUGAAUGAGGAUUCAAUUUACAAUUUUGUUGAGCGAAGAUUUGGGAAAGAAAUAGCUGACUAUGCCAUAUCUCCAAUGAUUUGUGGGAUAUGUGCCGGUGAUGCUAAAGAAAUUUCAGUAAAGUUUUUAAUGAAAACUCUUUUUGAAUAUGAGCAAAACCACGGUAGUGUUAUCAAAGGAAUGGUCAAGUCCAUAUUCAAAGAAAAUAAUAAUGGCAAUUUAGAGAUGAGUGAAUUGGCAAAGAGAGCAAAAGAAGAGAGAUGGAAUGUUUACUCUUUGAAAGGAGGUCUACAAAUUUUCCCAAAAACUCUGAUGAACUAUCUCAAAAAUAAAGAUAUAGAUAUACAAUUGAAUAGUAAGGUGGAGGAACUGGAAUUUGUUGACUCCAGCUUAGUAAAAGUGAAAAAGACUGAUGGCCAAGUUUUGGACGCCAGUCAUGUGUACUCUUCAAUACCAUCUCAUGUUUUAGCUAAACUUGUUAAUAAACAGCACCCCGAACUUGCUGAACAUCUGAAAGGAAUACCAUUUGUGACUGUGGGAAUUGUAAAUUUAUAUUUUGCAACAGACAAACCUCUUGUGUCUCCUGCAUUUGGGUUCCUAGUACCUCCACUAGAGAACUCCCCAAUACUAGGUGUCGUAUUUGAUUCCUGCUGUAUACCAGACCAGAAUGGCACAGUCCUGACUGUCAUGUUAGGAGGUAGAUGGUUUAAUGAAAAGUUUGGCCCCGACAUUACAAAAGAGGAGCUUUAUAAUAUAGCAAUGAAGGAAAUAAAAUCAAUUCUCAAGAUAGAGGAGAAAGUGGCAGCUUUUAAUGUUAGUAUUUUAGAUAAAUGCAUUCCACAAUAUGUUGUAGGACAUUAUUCGAGGGUCGACAAAAUAAGGGAGUAUGUACAGAGCAAGAACCUGCCACUGUCAUUGGUCGGUAGCAGUUAUGAUGGUGUGGGAAUAAAUGAUGUUAUUUACUCUGCAAAAGCUCAGGUUGCACAAGAUUGCGGGCAACAAUAAAGUUAGGGGUUAGAACCUACAUUGAACUAUAUUUUGGGAUUUUUAAGGUGAAAACUGGAAAAGAAGAGUUAAGAUAAAAAUAUAAUAUUAAUUUUAUCUUCAUCAUCACUGC